AUGUCAGGAGAAGGAAAAGGAAAAAAUGUGUAUGUAUCUACAAUACUUCGCAAGAAACCUGCUCCCAAUAAAUUACUUGUUGAUGAUGCAACAAACGAUGAUAAUUCUGUAAUGUCUCUUUCCACAGCUACCAUGGAAAAAUUACAACUUUUCCGUGGAGACACUGUGUUAAUAAAAGGGAAAAAAAGACGUGAUACAGUAUUGAUCGUAUUGGCCGAUGAUACGUGUGAUGACACAAAAGUUAAAAUUAAUAAAGGUGACGUGGUCGCAAUUCAUCCAUGUACUGAAAUUAAAUAUGGAAAGCGAAUCCACGUGUUACCAAUAGAUGAUACAGUCGAAGGUGUAACAGGUAAUCUAUUUGAAGUAUACCUAAAACCAUAUUUCCUGGAAGCAUAUCGACCUGUACGAAAGGGUGAUUUGUUCUUGGUCAGAGGUGGUAUGAGGGCUGUUGAAUUUAAAGUUGUAGAAACAGAUCCACCAGAAUAUUGUAUCGUUGCACAAGAUACAGUUAUACAUUGUGAAGGUGAGCCCAUCAAACGCGAAGACGAAGAGGCUAACCUAAAUGAUGUUGGUUACGAUGAUAUUGGUGGAUGUCGUAAACAAAUGGCUCAAAUUCGUGAACUUGUCGAACUUCCACUUCGACAUCCUCAACUAUUCAAGUCGAUCGGUAUCAAACCACCGCGUGGAAUUCUUAUGUAUGGUCCUCCCGGUACCGGUAAAACCUUAAUUGCACGUGCCGUGGCCAAUGAAACUGGGGCGUUCUUCUUCUUGAUUAACGGUCCCGAAAUAAUGUCAAAGAUGGCUGGUGAAUCUGAAAGUAAUUUGAGAAAAGCAUUUGAAGAGGCAGAAAAGAAUAGUCCCGCCAUCAUUUUUAUUGAUGAAAUUGAUGCCAUUGCUCCAAAGCGUGAAAAAACAAAUGGCGAAGUAGAACGUCGGGUUGUUUCUCAACUUCUUACUCUAAUGGACGGCAUGAAAGCACGAUCGAAUGUAGUUGUAAUGGCCGCGACAAAUCGUCCUAAUAGUAUUGAUCCCGCUUUAAGACGUUUUGGUCGGUUCGAUCGAGAAAUUGAUAUCGGCAUUCCCGAUCCUACUGGUCGUCUAGAAAUUAUUCGUAUUCAUACUAAGAACAUGAAAUUAGAUGAUGACGUCGAUUUGGAACAAAUUGCUUCUGAAACUCAUGGUUAUGUUGGAUCUGAUAUAGCAUCACUUUGCUCUGAAGCUGCUAUGCAACAAAUUCGUGAGAAAAUGGAUCUUAUUGAUUUGGAAGACGAGACUAUUGAUGCUGAAGUUUUAGAUUCACUGGCUGUUACUAUGGACAAUUUCAGAUAUGCUUUGGGUGUAUCAAAUCCAUCUGCUUUAAGAGAAACAGUUGUCGAAGUGCCAACUGUUACAUGGAAUGACAUUGGAGGUCUUGAGAAAGUAAAACAAGAAUUGAAAGAAACAGUGCAGUACCCAGUAGAACAUCCAGAAAAAUUCUUGAAAUUCGGUAUGUCUCCCUCAAAAGGUGUAUUAUUCUAUGGUCCACCCGGGUGCGGUAAAACUUUACUGGCCAAGGCUAUUGCCAAUGAAUGUCAAGCUAAUUUCAUCAGUAUCAAGGGUCCUGAGCUAUUAACAAUGUGGUUUGGUGAAUCAGAGGCAAAUGUACGGGAUGUUUUCGAUAAAGCACGAGCUGCAGCUCCAUGUGUAAUGUUCUUUGACGAAUUAGAUUCAAUCGCAAAAGCGCGUGGUAACUCACUUGGUGAUGGUGGCGGUGCUGGCGAUCGUGUACUUAAUCAAAUCCUUACUGAGAUGGAUGGUAUGAAUGUGAAGAAGAAUGUAUUCGUUAUUGGUGCUACAAAUCGUCCGGAUCAAAUUGAUCCCGCUUUACUUCGUCCGGGUCGUCUCGAUCAAUUGAUAUACAUUCCCCUUCCUGACGAGGCUUCGAGACUUUCAAUUUUGAAAGCCACCUUGCGAAAAUCGCCUGUUGCAAACGAUGUUGAUCUAACAUUUUUAUCCAAGGCAACACAUGGUUUCUCUGGUGCAGAUUUGACGGAAAUUUGUCAACGUGCCUGUAAAUUAGCUAUCAGAGAGAGUAUUGACAAGGAAGUACUACGAGAACGAGAACUCAAAGAAAAAGAAGAAGCUGGUGAAGAAAUUAGUACGGAAGAUGAUAUGGAUCUAGAAGACCCAGUUCCAGAAAUCACACGGGCUCACUUCGAAGAGGCUAUGAAAUUCGCUCGUCGCUCUGUAUCCGACAACGAUAUUCGCAAAUAUGAAUUGUUUGCUCAAAAUUUACAAUCAGCUCGUGGAUUCGGACCUAAUUUCAAAUUCCCUGAAGGUGGUAUUGGUGGUUCAUCAUCAUCUGCACCAACUGGCGGAAGUGCUAUGGAAGUUACUAAUUCCGAAUUUGGCCAAGAUCCAGGUGAUGAUGACCUGUAUGACUAG